AUGGCGGAUGGACAGCCUGCUUCGGGCACCAAUGUGGCGAGGUUUGAAGUGAAGGAUCCUUCGAAUCCGAGGAACUUUCCCUCCUGGAGGAAAUGGUAUGCCCCGGCCAACAUACGCAAUGGGUCCAAUAGUCUCUGACCAAUAUAUCAGGACGAUAGUCGUAUCCAUAGGUCUAAUAGACCUCACAGUCUCCUUCGGAGCAUCAGGCUAUUCCCCCGCCUCCGGCUCCUUCACCGAUGAAUUUCACCUCUCCAACAUCCUCGGCCAUCUCGGUCUAUCCCUCUACGUCCUGGGCCUAGCGUUCGGUCCCAUGUUCAUAGCUCCUCUGUCAGAGUACUACGGCCGAACAGCACUCUAUGUCAUCCCAUAUGGAAUCUACCUGAUCUUUCUAGCGGGAACAGCACUGGUCACGAACGUGACCGGAUUCCUGAUUCUCAGAUUCCUGAGCGGUGCCUUCGCCAGCGUGACAAUUGCAAACUUCGGCGGGACCAUAGCAGAUCUCUGGCCGAGGCAUGAAGUCGGACCGGCGAUGAACGUCUUCCUCUGGGCGGCAGUGUGUGGCAGUCCGAUGGGCUUCUUUCUCAUGUCCUUUGUUGCUGAGAAUCGUUCUUGGCGGGAUGUCUUCUGGGCUCUUCUCGGCAUCUGCGGGGUCUGCUGGCUACAGCUCCUCAUAGUUCUUGUCCCCUUCAACAACGAAACAAGACAUUCCGUCAUCCUGAGGCGAACAGCAAGGAAGGAAGGGAAGCAGGUCCCAGAAGAAGCCGAAGCACGGAGUCUGAAGAAUCUGUUCAAGGUGACGCUCUCGCGGCCAUUCACAUUCCUGACCACGGAGACGAUAGUCAUCUUUGGGGCCUCGUACAAUGCCUUUCUCUACGGCUUGUCGUUCAUGUUCAACGGCGCUUUCAGCCUCGUGUUCGGGAAAGAAGGCCAUGGCUUCAGCACCAUCGGCGUAGGCUACUGCUUCCUUGGCCUCGUCCUGGGAAUCAGUCUGGGUCCCUUAAUCGGCAUCUGGCAAGAGAGAUACUACCAGCGUCAGAUCCGCCGCCCCAAUACCCCCGAAUCCGAGCCUCUGCUAUCUUCCAGGAAGGACAAGAUCCACAACAUCCCCGAGGCCCGCGUCCAGCUCGGGACAAUCGCCGCAAUACUCCUUCCCAUCUCCCUCUUCCUCUUCGCCUGGACCUCCCCACCACAAUACAACAUCCACCCCAUCAUCCCGCUCUCAGCAACCGUUCUCUUCGGUUUCAGCUUCUUCACCCUCAUCUUCAUGGUCGCGGUGUACACAGAAGAAAGCUACAUGGUCUAUUCCGCCUCCGCGCUGGCAGGAAUCGGGCUCGCGCGCAAUGUAUUCGGAGCGGUAUUCCCUCUGUUCGGCGUUCCCAUGUUCAAGGAGCUGGGGUAUAACUGGGCCGGGACGAUUCUAGGGGUAUUGGGUUGUUUGCUCGCGCCGAUACCUUUUAUUCUGGGGCGAUACGGACCGAAAUUGAGGGCGCGGAGUCCCUUUGCUUGGGAGCAUGCGGAGGAUGAGGAGUAG